AUGAGAAGGAAGCUAAGAAAUGGAAAGGUGGCCCGCGCUGGGAUAUGCCCAGGCGCGGGCGAAAUCGCUGGAGCGCUGAGGCAGUCGCGCGCGGCUAAGUCCCCACUGCAAGGGCGGGCUAGCGGCGCGCGCCCGAAAACCGCCGGCGCCGGCGCGCUGAGGCACUCGCGCGCGCCUAAGUCCCCACCACAGGGGCCAGGCUAGCAGGCGCGCGCAACGACCGAGGCGCCCCUGUCGAGCUGAGAGUGGACUCUUCACAGGGAGUACCGAUCAAACGCAUUCACGGAGUUCUGCAAAUCCAAGGGCAUUCGUCGUCAAUACUCUAUCCCUUACACGCCUCAACAAAACGGUCGCGCCGAACGUGUCAACCUCUCCAUCGUCGAGGGCGUCCUCGCUCUCCUUGCGGACGCCCGUCUGCCGGCCACCUUUUGGGAUGAAGCGGCUGCGUAUUUCGUUUAUUGCAAAAACAGGUGCUCACACUCAGCUUUGGCCAAACAGACUCCAGAAUCCGUUUGGAACGGCCAACGCACCACCGCCACCGCCCUCCACCCGUUCGGCUGCACAGCCUGGCUCACGGUCGCCCCGGACCUUCGCAGCAAGCUCGACCCCAAGGCCGCGCGCGUGAUCUUCACAGGUUACGACCUCGCCUCCAAAGCUUUCCGUUUCUUUGACCAUUCCAUCAACAAGAUUGUACUUGGUCGCAAUGCCACCUUCCUCGACGACGACUUCCCCGGCCUGCCAGUCACCACGCCCGUCGAUGCAGACGACACCGACCGUCAGUUCGUCGUUCCCGCCGACACGCCCGCCCCUGCCGUCAAGACGAGGACCCCACUAGUAAGGUCGGCGCACAUGGACGUCUCAUCCUCCCUUGAUGAUUCUGCCAUGAGCGCCGUUGACGUGGCCCCAGGGUACACUGGCGGAACCUUACUUAAUUCCACAGAUACCGAAUCGUCCUCGUCACCGUCUCCUGAGCCGUCCUCGUCACCGUCGCCCACAAACCCUUUGUCACCGUCGCCUGCGCUGUCACCGUCGUUGGCAGCGUCAUCGUCACCCUCGGUCUCACCGACCGACUCUGACUACUCCGCCGACCCUCUGGACCUCAUCGGCUCACAGACCCCGACUCGCCUUGGCCCACCGGACGUGCACCGCCCAGACUUCAGCACGUACCGUGAGCCCGCAUCGGCUGAGGAGUCGCCCGACGAACUCGACAUCAUUGGGCGUCACUCGCGCGAUGAAUCGCCGGAUGAAAUCGAUUUCCUCACCCAACAACACCGCGCCUUCAUCGCCACAGACGACGACGACUGGCAGGCAACGUCCUCUUCAGAAGACGUUGACUACACGCGGAGGAGGGGAUCAGGCCGAAGGAAGGUCGACUGGGCGGGGGCAGGCGACCGAGGGACAACCGAGGAGGGGACGCGGUUGUGA